AUGGGUCACAAAUGUUCAUCGUUUUUCAGACCAUCUGUGACUGUAAAUGGGAAAAAAUACAGAGUGGUUAAAGAUCUCGGAGAGGGAGGUAAGCUCUUUCACAGUCUUCGCUCAUGAGCUCUCAUGACAUGACAUGUCGAUCGAUCUGUCAUGUGGUGGCUUAAAAUAUUUUUGCCUUUGUGAUCCCUUUACCUUAUUAAUAAUUGUUGUUUUUCUUUUGCCUUGAAAAUCCCGGUGAAUCUCUACAACUAGUUGAAUCUAUUUGUUUUUAUUAGAAUUCAACAGAAAGGAGCAAAAUUAUUAAAAAGAGAAUGGACGAAACUUAGUCUUUAAUUGGGCUCAAAUUAUGUAACAAUUAAACAUGAUGCAGUUGUUGUUAAUCUUCUCAUCGGAGGAAGCUUUGGAUAAUUAAGAAGUAGAGACCAAGAAAACAAAUACUUUUAAUUAUUUGUGUAUUUUAUGCUAUGAAAAUUCUUUUGUACGGUCGCUAUGCUCUCUAUUUCAGUUAACUGACUCGACUGCUGAUAUUUGAAGAGUAUUGAAGUCAGUCACCAAGAAUUAACUCCCAACUUGUAUCAUCUUAUUAAUAAAAUUUAUAAAAUAUUUUGUUUUAGCUUUUUCUUAUGUUAACCUUGUCUACCGUGGAAAGGAAUGGUUUGCCUUGGUAAGUAUAUUCGUCACAUUAAAACUACUGCAAAAUUAUAGAAGGUAGUUGGGCAGAAAUUUGCAUGGUUGCAAAAAUUAUCUUGCAUAAUUUUUUAUUAAGUUUCUCAAUAUUAUAUAUAGUUGGCACAUUUUAUUAUCAGACGGUAUAUUUUAUUACUAAACAGAAUAGGGGUGUUUUAAUAAUGAAGAAAAAACAAGUGCUCAACUGCUGUUGGACAUUAAACCGAAAAGCCGCUAAUUUUUAUAACAGCAGAAACCAAAAAACUUAUAUCAAAAACUGAAAAAAAAAAAUAAUGAUAAUAAUAAUAAUAACAACAACAAGGAAAGCCCAGUUACCCCUUUUCAUAUGUACAGGUAGGCCUUCCAGCACAUCAAAACAUGACUUUGUAUAACUGGUGGGUUAACUGACCUUAAUUACGAGGCUUUUAACAGUGCAAAGUUUGCACUUGGUAUUUUAAAUUAACUUUUUUGUUCUCUCUUUCCAAUUUUUUUCCUGCCAAAAUUUUAUUAUAAGAAAAACACGAGUGUAAUGCAACCCCUGUUAGUAAUGCAUCAGUCAAUUCCAGACUGAUUCACGUCAAUAACUCCCGAGUUUCGCUAUGACUGUAAUUCUGGCUUGAUAAGCAAUGAAGAAAUGCAUGCAUAAAAUCAAGAACAUGCCUUUACAACCCCCUGUCCUUGACAGAUAAGCCAAUGUGCUUUUUUUCCAGUGAUAUCCUCUGUGUAGUUAUAUUCUGAUAGGAAAGGGUGUGCAUGUCAAAAACUCAGGAAUAACCCCGGGGUUGGCAAAUGCCAGGCACAACUGGAAUUGACUGAUGCAUAAUGUCUGGGAAUCAGCACUGAUAUCCUUGUUCUGGGCCCUAACGGACUCCGCAAAUCACAUAUUUUACUAGGAAUGUGUUUGGAAUUUCCCUUUAACCUGAGUGGCAAAAUGGACAAUGACUUUUCGCUGGCCAAUCAUGGUGCAUACUCAGAAUUGAACUAGGAUUUUGGCACUGUUUCACAAAGGGAAGUUUAUAGUUCCAUCUGUAGCGCAGGCUAGUGAAAGAUAGUCGACCUUACAAUUGUUGCUCAUAACAUUCAGGUGGACAGUCAUCAACCAUUUCCAUGUCCUUCUCAAUAACACCAAACAUGCAGUUCAAAAAUUCAUUGGACUUUGUUGUGACAUUUUUAAUUGACAUACCCUUAAACCUUUUGAGCUGCAAAUUAUUUAUUAGGGAGUUACUUGUAUUGCAAAACCUCACAAUUAAUUCGCUCAUUGGUUGUAUAAAGGGCCAGCAAUUAAGAAACAAAGAGAACCACCACGACCCUGUUUGUAUACGUGCCUGACAAUACUCUUCAACAAAAUAAUCAACCACUCUUAACUUGGUAAUUUACCAAGUUGUCUUUUCCUUUAUUUUUAAGCUCUCGCAAGUGACCACUCAAAGAUUAAUAAUAAUAUUAUAUCAUAUUAGGCAACGUGUUCAACAAAAGUACAGUGUACAUAUAAUUAUUAUAAGCUACUUGAGCGCAUUAAUUCAACUUAACAUUAUUUUGCUCUAUUUUUGUUUAGAAAAGAAUGCGUUUACAACUCCCUGAGCAAGAAGAGGUACCUACUGUACAUAUUAUUUUGAUGAAUCUUACAUGCAAGCGUUCAGUUCUAAAAAGCCAUGUGAAGAUAGUGACCAAAUUAGCCACCAGCAUUUUAUUAUAACUUUCCUCUCUUUUUGCAGAGCCCUGGAAGCACAAGCUAACUUACAUGCUACACAUAUUAUUUUCAGUUGAUGAAUCUUGCAUGCAAUGAUGUUUAGUUCUAAAAAGCCAAAAUAGUGACCAAAGUAGCCACCAGCAUUUUACUAUUUUUUACAUAUAUCUUUCUGCAGAACCCAAGCACGAGCUAACCUACAUGUGCCCUGGCUAUACCCCUCCGCUUAAAAGCUCAUCAACAUGGAAACAAUAAUAUUAUCUUUCCCCUACCAAACCCAUCCAAAACCUCUUGACACAGCAUGUACACACUUGCCUAAAUUGUUGUUAUUUGGGGCUUAUUAACUAGAAUUUUAUAGUAUUUUAGGUGUAAGCCAGGUAGGAUUACAGUUUACAUAUAAUUCUGACAGUACUCUCCAUUUUGUGCAUGAUUGAAGCUCUUUAGACAAUUUAGUGAGAAACUGUGAUAGUAAUAAACAAAAUAACAAAUAUUACAAAUCAUUUAAAAAGGCUGCAUUUCAUUGAUUCAAGUCCAUCACUGCAGCUGAUUCAAAUCAAUGCACUGGUGUAUAAAAUGAACACACACUGAAUAGAACAAUUAUUUUGAUAAUUUUAUAUUCAAAUUGAUACAUGGCUAUUAGGCUUGGGGGAAUUUAAACAAAAGAAAUGUAUUGUUCAUUUCUGAGCCUCAAGAUGUCUUUUUUUUUGUUUUAAAUUUAUUGCCCCAAGCCUGCCAAGUAUGAAUUUUAAUUCAUUGAAAUGGUCUAUUUAUUUUUGUUUUAGGCAUUUGAACGUGAGAUUGAAGCCCACAGAGCAGUUGAUCACCCAAGCGUCCUGGCCUUACAUGAUGUGGAUGUGGUUUCCAAGGGAACAUUUAAAGAAGCUCGCAUGCUUGUCACUUACUAUAAGGUAAACUUAGAGGCCUUACAAUAGUCAGCUUUCAACAUAUAAAUUUCUUUUAAAGACUUUCAGAUACUGUUUUAUCUCCUUGUAUUUAAUGUUACGGGUCAAAAUUAAAUUAAGGUUAAAUUUUUUUAACCUUGGUUAAUUCUCAGUUUCCUUUGUCUCCUGGUCCUAAUAAAUUAUUCAUGAAUUAAGGCUAGUAGACAAAGAAAACUGGGAAUCAAUCUAGGUUAAAAAAUUUUGACCCAAACAUUAUUUUGACCUGUAACAUAUACAUUAGUGCCUGCUGCAUUAUUGAGCACUUGCAGUGAUUUUGAUGUCAGCCCAAAAGGAGUUAAGGUCCCUAUUGAAUUGUGGGAUUGCUUAAUUAAGGGGUAAUGAGAGGCGGGGGGUGGGUGCAUUGGCCCCAGUCGCACCUGGCCCCUCCAGCCAGGGUGUUAAAAAAACUGGUUAGAUCGAUCAUUGCUGGCAGUGUUUAAGAUCAUGUCUUAGUUCAGAUGUGAUCCACAUUAAUGGAAGGUGACUUCAAGCGGUUGACCUUGUCUCCUUCAUCCCUCUGAUCUCAUAUUUAGUUAAUUUGAAGGGAUGUAAAAAGAACCCACACUGUUUGGAAAGAUAAUAUAUAAUGUGAAGUUCUUCCAGUAGUGUUGUCCCCCUCUGCAUCUCUUAUCGCUUCACUUAUCACACUUCUAGUGUACGUAUCUGUAUAUUCUGUGAUACAGAAAGCUCAUAUUCAAAUGACUAAUAGUGACAGCCAGUGGCUCCUUUGUAUGCUGAUGACUGUCUGAGCUUUCUGAUAAUUAUAAUGUAGACUCAUAUACAUUGUACAGUUGAACCUUGAUUACCCAGACUCAUUGGGACUUGAGUAAAUAGUCUGGAUAAUCGAAAAUAUGAAUAUGAAUGAGACAAUAAUGUAAACAUAGGGAAUAAAGAAAACAAAAUUUUAUUGUGAAUUGGUUCCUACUUGAAUUUAUGUACUGACUGUAAGUAUUCAUGUAUUUCCAAUCCUUCGCUUGUCUCAACACUGUCAGUGAAUUUCAGGAUCUUCUCUUUGUUUCUGCCUAUAUCUGAAAUCUGCUGCUUGCUGCAUGAUGUUAAACUCGAACGCUAAAUUUGUUCCUUUUUCGCCUUUCUCCAUACGUGAAAUAGUUGUUUGCUUAUCCUUUAUUGAGAGAACAGACUGCUUUCGUUGCAUAUAGACAUGGCUGCGAUUUGAGUUUGCAAUUGAUUGAUCUUGUGUUUACAUAACCAAUGCGGAAUCAAGCACGGCAUUCCCUUGGCAACAUAACAAUAUUGAGCCAAUCAGAAUUCAGCUGAAUGCAUCAGAGUAAUUGUUCAUCUUGUGCCGCUAACACUUUUUCAAAGUGAAACAGAUUAAUGUUUUUAAACACACGUUUGGAGGGAUUAAUGAACUUUUAAUCAUUUCAAUUUUUCAAGAUCACAUCUUAUUAAUAUUCAUAAUCAUGAAAAAAACGGGACCAGGGAAACCAGUCCGUAUAUUCGAGGUCUGGAAAAUCGAGGUUCGACCGUAUUGCAGUUUUCCUCUCUUCUACAACAUUACACACACUUUCAAAGGCUGUGCUCUAAGAAAAAUUGAAGGGGACCCGGUCCUGUAGUCUGAACCUGAACCUGUAAAAUCAAGGGUGCUCAGCAUAGGAUCUUUAUGAGUUAACUACAUACAGUAGUACACCAUGUAAGAAUCCCUAGUUGCCCAAGAGUGACUGUGUCUACAAGCCUGACGUGUCACAGACUGAAUUAAUCUACCCUCAGUUAGUAGCAUCUGUGAACUGCACCAAUAUCCUUGUUGGCUCCCUAGCUACGGACUCAACAAAUUACAAGAAAUGCAUUUUGAAUUUCCCUUCAACCGGAUGGGCAAAUUGACAAUGACAUUUUAAACAGGCUAAUCAUGGCACUAAGGGGGGCUUAGAACAAGUAUUUUGGCGCUGUUUCGUCUGGCGGCUGUUGUGUCUACUAGCCUUUUUUGCAGAAUUGAUCCAACCCAGGGUCCAGUUGUUUGAGGGCCGAUUAGCGCUAACCCAGGUUUAAAUUAAAUUUUUAACCUGGGCUUCUUUCUCUUUUGCUCAAAAGCAUUUUCCCAGAUAAUUUUCUCUCUUCUUUUUAGAGCAUCCAAUCAUCAACUUGUUGACAAAAAGAAUUAAACUGAAUUUACUUUUUAAGCUUUCAUAUCUGAACUCAAAUUUUGCACUAACACUGGGUUAUCUUAACCCAGCUUUGAACAACCCGGCCCUGGUUAGUAGCAUAUGGGAAGUAACUCCAAUAUCCUUGUUCUGAGCUCCCAGUGAGCUUAACAAAUAAUUACCAGAAAUGUAUUUUGAAUUUCCCUUCAAUGGCAUUUUUAAAACCGUUUAAGUCCCAAGAAUGACCAAUAUCAACUUUCUCCUCACAAUAUUAAUAUGUAAUCAAGAAAACAGGUUAGGAGAAUUUAUAAAAUGAUCACCUAAGGGGAAAUGCUUUGAUCUUUGAAUAAAUUCUCUCAACUAAUCCUGUAAGGAAAUGUGUGGAGAUCAGUUUGGAGAAUUUGUACGUGAAUCUUGCUGGGGCUUAAAGGGUAAACAGGCCAAUCAUGGCCCAUAGUAAAAUCCUCGUACACAGUUGAGGGCCCUGAACAUGGAUUUCAGCACUCUUUCGAAGCUGGAUUUAACCAGAAGUUUAGUUCUGUCUGGGGUGCAGGGUAAUGUCUACUUAAUAUGUAACUUAACCCAUUAUUUUGUCGUAGUAAUGACUUUUCUCCAACUGGUGUUUAUCAUUCUUGCUGACAAUUCAUUAUUUUUGUUAUAAUCAAUUUAUUUUAGGAUGGAACAGUUCAAGACUUGAUUGAACGAACAGCAAGAGAAGGUGGUCACAUCCCAGAGUUAGAUAUCCUUCAUAUGUUCAAGUCACUAUGUGAUGCAAUACUAGCAUUUCAUAGUUUAGAUCCUCCACUAGCUCAUAGAGAUAUCAAGGUAUGCAUUGUAAACCUGGAUUAUUCAAAUUUUUAUCUUUGCUGUAUCAAGGACAGUUUGUAUUGUAACAGUUACAGGUCAAAAUUAAAUUCAUGGGCUAAAAUUUUUCAACCUAGGUUGAUACUUAAUUUGCUUUGUCUCCUAGCCCUUAUUAUUCAUGAAUUAGGGCCAGGAGACAGGAAAUUGAGAAUCAAUAGUGAAAAAAAAAUUGAUGGGAAAUCCUUUGGUUACCCCAAAACCUGUGACCCUCAUGCCAUAUGAGUCGCUCAUAGCUUAGUGGUUAGAGCAUCCUACUGGUUACUGGAAGGUCGUGGGUUCACGGAUUCCUGCUGGGGGCUUGGAUUUUUUUUCGGAGCAUUACUUAGUUGUAUGUAACAUCUAUUUCUAAUUUCAUCACACUUGGGUGGUUAGUUGAAAAAAAUUUAACCUGAAUUUAAUUUUGACUUGUACUGUGAAAGCUGCUAAUAAGGCCUCAAAAGUGCAGCACCUUAUACAGCACAGCCAAUUAAGUAUAAAUUAAUGAUAAUAAGAAGUGCCCAGAAAUAAGCCCUGAUUAAGCCCUGAUUAAGUUACCACUUACCACAAGUGGCAAUGAGAUGUAUGUGUACAUGUAAUGGAAAACUUGUUAAAUAGAAUAGCAAAAUAAAGAAUUGGACACUCGAACCACUGGCUUUGCAUUGAUCCCACUGUACAUGUACAUCUACUUUUCAUGAGUACAUGUAGUAAUAACAAUUAUCUAUGAUACAGUCAAACUCCCUGUAAGCACCCUCCUAAAAUCCCAAAGUUUAGUGGUCACUUACAAGAGUUGAACCAGAGGCGGUCUCUACUGGGAACAGGUCAGAGAAAUGUACUUUCUGUAUUCAAAGAGAAUAAUUAAAAUUAUUUAAUGAAGUAGUGUGUACUAUAGUCUCCUUCGCAGCUGUUUUUAGGCUCGUCAUGCAACACUCCGUGACACGUUGCAUGACAAGCCUAAAAACAGCUGCGAAGGAGACUAUGUGUACUAUGGAACCAAAAAACUCUUAAGUUUAUAUUACUUUGACUUGUACACAAGUGAAAACUAAAUGAAAUUCUUACAAAGAGAUUUCUGACUAUAAUUGAUGAUCGAUCAGUUAUGUAAAUCCAACCGGUAUUUCAGAUGUUCAAUUAUGAUUGGAAUUCUCAGCUGAUUCCCAACACUAAUUAUUGAACCUUUAUGUGACAUCACCUCCCUGAGCAUUUCAUGCCCCAGGGUUUGUACAGUAUCUUCAGUGUCUUAAAUUCUUUGUAAAAAGUGUUGAAAUUUGCAGACCAGUUUUUCAGAGUUGGAAAAAGUCUAGAAAAUAAAGAUAAAGUCUGGAAAAAAUAAUUGUAAAAAGGCUGGAUUUUUUAGUCUUCUUUUUGUAAACUGCAACAAGUGCGUAACUUCUGAGUGAAAUUUUUUCUUUGGUAGUCAGAUCUUUUCCAAUCUUGUCUGUAGCCAAAACGGUUUAAUCACAGAAUAAAAAGUUUCAAAACUCUCUUGUGUCUCUCUUAUGUGUUUCAUGGGAACAGCUUUGUUCCUGCAUUUGUUAAGGCAGGCAAGGUUUCUUUUGAUCUCUUAUUUUGAUAACCUUGAGACUUUUAAAAUUAUUUUCUCAGGAAAGGUCUGAAUAAAAAAUUCUGUAUGACCCCACUUUGCCUAUAGGAAGAAUGACUGUAUGAAGACUUACAGUUUUUGGUUGCAACUUGUGAGUUUGAGACAGUUGAGACAAUAUGAACCAGUGCAAGUGGGCAAAAGGUCAAUCGGAUCUCAUAGUGAAGAAGCCUAACUUGUAUAUUGUGGCAUGUUUUCGACUAGCAUUAUUUGCAUAGUAUUGAUAUGUUCUUGUUAUGAAUAUUGUCUUCUUUCUGUUUACUUUGAAAGCCUCAUAAUUUAUUGAUUGAUGCUGAUAAUUCUGUGGUAUUGAUGGAUCUUGGUAGUGUGUCACAAGCCCGGUGCACCAUAACAUCUAGGUAAACGUUUAUUCUUCUUCUGAUAGUAGGCAGUUGUAAAGAUUUGUGUUGAACAAAAUAGUUUUCUUUAAUUGACACAAAUUCUUUAGUUUUUAUGUAGGCAAUUAAAGUACAUGUAAUCUAAAUGCUGUCAUAAUUUCCCAUCUAAGCCCCUUGUUUCACUCACUAGUUCUUUUUCUUAAGGCAAAAAAAGAACAAAAGUAUAGCAGAUUCACUACUCACAAAAGUUUCCCUUUUGAUUUUAAUACCUUGCUGUUGAACUAAGCAAAAGAUCACCAGCAACGGUUUACGGUCAUCUCGCCACCAACAAAAUCGCCACCAACGAAUUAGAAACAGAAUUCCGUAUUCCUUGAAAACACAGCUUCGACUUUGUAUUUUUUCUCGUAGAAGAGAAGCUCUUGCACUUCAAGAGAAAUGUGCUCAAGAAUGCACGGCAGCUUACAGGUUGGUCUUUUUUUUAGGUUGUUUGUUGGAAUGUUCUAUUCACUGUAGAACCUGACCAACUGCAAAAAAAAUGUUAACUGUAAGCCAUGUUGACAUAGGACAGUCACUAGCUAAGCUGCCAGUUUUUCAGGUCAGAAUAGACCGGCUCUUCAGCUUGUAUGUUUUAUUUUCUCAAUGUACAUGUAAGUCAUGUGAUAAUACUUUAGAGAACUGUUUCCACUGUUUCAUUCAAAUUUCGUCUCAUUCCUUUGCAAAUAUGUACACGUAAUUUGUGAAAAGACAAAGGGGCCCUUUAUUUGGAAAAAAGAAAACAACAACUUAAGAGGGGUAGUCUUCACAGACUACAUGCUCAUAACUCCUCCGCGAAGCCUGGAAAAGAUUCAACUGUUCCUUGGUCUUUGUAAAGACCUUUUUCUCUUACCAGGGCACUGGUUAUCUAACCUCAUGCUUACAUGCCAUGCCUUCCGUGACUCUCCUACAAAGCCGUAAAAUCCAACCUUAAAUUGCAGUACUUCAUGUGAUUUACUUGAAGAGUAUCAAAUAACUACUGUCUUGUAGGGCUCCAGAGCUUUUUGAAGUGCCAUCACACUGUGAAAUUGAUGAGAGAAGUGAUGUGUGGUCACUAGGUUGCACUCUGUACGCCAUGGCUUAUGGUGAGUCACAUUUUUUCAAGACUUCACAUUCCGUUUCAGUUUACUCAAAAGAGCGUCUCCUUAAAUAAUCUGGCCGACUUCCAUCAACAGUGCAGCACAUCUUGAUCUAGUCAUUUUUUUACAGUACUGAUACAUGUAUAGAAAACUAAUUAAAGAUUAUGUUCAGAAUCAAGUUUAUUACCAGUGAGCAAAGAAACUCGUGUCCGAUAGCCCGGGGCUAGUGGAUUUUGCUAUCAGGCUAGUGAUUUUUGUUCUUAACUUGCCCGACUACAGAAGGAUUGUAAUCAAUCCUGCUAAUCAAAAAGGGUUUUGGGGUUAGUUGACUGAAUGAGUUUUGGGCUAGUACAUGCUAACUACAGCUUGCCCGAAUGGCGGGCUGUAAAACUGACUUUCUUUGCACCCUGAUUACUAUUAGUAGUUAGUUCUCAGUUACAUAUUAUUUACUAAAUGUGUUAAAAACCCAUCUGCUAUCUGUUAAAAGUUAAGUACAUUUAGGGAAUCUCCCCAGAAAAGCUCAAGGGAGCUUGCCGAGAUCCCUGGCCAGUGUAAUUAAUUUUAAGAUGUAUAGCAGAGUUAUUACUUGUUACUCUAAAUGUUAUGGUAAAUCAAACUUGAUACAAUAAACUUUCCUUGUUGCAGAUGAAUAUAAAAAAGAGGAGAUACACCUCUAAAGCUUACUUUUGUUAUGUCCUCUGCCGUAUGCAGUUCAGUAUCGUUUUGAGAAAAGAAAGAAAAAUAAUAUUAUUAAAGGGCUCAAGUUGUACUGUUAUUCGCAAAUGGCAAGUUUUAUACAGUCAACUUCCUUUUUUUAGCGGAGACUGUAGGCACCUUGAGUUAGUGUCCUCAUUAGCGAGAGUCGUUAAUAGCGGGGCUUUAUUUCAGUCGAACGUCUGUAAACAAUUUUUGGUUGGGAUUUAGCUGCUGUCUGUACUAUCAGAGUGUCCGUUAUAGCGGGGUAUCCGGCGCAAGGCGAAUGUUGACUGUAUACGUAUAUUGCCCUCGUAUAUUGUCAUCGUGUGUGUAACUUAUAGAAAUAUACCUUUAAGUGGCAUUAAAUUAUUGAAAGAAGCAAACAUCAAUUUCGAAUUAGACGACUGUCCUUGUUUGUGGGUUGCUCUUUGCAAAUUAGCGAGAAGUUUGAGUCUUAUUAACCUGGUGUAAUUGAGAUGAAUAUUUUUUUCAUAUUAUGUGCUAGGUCAAAGCCCUUGUGAUGGCUCAGCGCUGUCAGCAAAUAGCGGAAAUAUUCACAUACCAGAUGACAGGUAAGUAAAAAAAGCUUGACUUCUGCUGAAUUACGGUCGUUUCGCCUACGAGUCAUUUGGCCAACGUCCUGUUCGCUAACGUGUCAAGUCGUUUCGCUAAUGUGUUAGUUGAGUUCCCUUACUUCCUUCGCCUGAUAUUUGACUUGAUAUAUACGUGUAUAUAUACAUUACGUAUACAUGAUAUAUAAAUAAUUGUCGUACGUUUUUGUGUCAUGGCUGGAAGAACGAGACAUAUACAUAUGCAGCGCUCGUUUCGUUUCUUAAGCGAGACGACGAAAGACGUUGUUAGCGAAACGACCGACUUCAGUAAAGUGGACUUGUCAAGUGAAUGAAUAGAGAACACCGUUACUGGUGCCUGUUAUAUCACAGGGUGCCCAAAUUUUUCCGGAUUGACAUCCGCUCUCAGGUUUAUUUCACUCAGGGUAUUCGGAUUCGCAGGCGUUUACACUCACCAGUGAAAAUGAUAAAAUUCAUUUGAUGUACGGUUAUACCGAUUGCAUUCAGGAUUCAAAAUCCCCAGACUCCGGGACUUUUUAUUUCGUGAAAACGGCAAGAACCCUGUGACAAAGUGUUCCAGAUUUGUCACGAAUCCCCCCCUCCCCUCCUACCGCCAGAAAAAAAAUCCUGUAGUUUUAACGUAGCCUAAGAAGUAGACUGCAAAACGGUAAACUGUUAAGCAGUCUGCUUAAGAGGAAAUCGAGAAUUCAGCUAGAUCUAAAACAAAAUAAUUUAAAGUGAAUUAUCAGCCCUCACCACCAUUGAAAGUCUCCAGUAGUGAUGUCAUAGAGGCUUUUCAUAUGACGUCACUUCCGCCAUGUUGUCCCAAAACAAUAAAAUGGGGCCGUGUUGGCUGCUGGCCCAUCGAGUGAAAACACUAUAGAUAGUGAGUGCGACUAAGUAUUGCUGCUUUUUUGGAACUGUUUUCAGUGGUUAUUCAAUGGAGCUGAAUGGCUUGAUCAUGAGUAUGCUUAAGGUGGAUCCUCAGGAAAGGCCAACCCUAGAAACCAUCAUGCGAAGGUUAAACAACUUGGCACCCUCAUCAUCAAUCCUUCAGUAUGAUACUGCUGCAGGGAACCCCUCCAUACAAUUGUAAUAGACCAAAUUACGGUUAUAUACUAAGCAACCGUGCCUUUGAGUGGAACUGAGGCUGAAGAUGACAUUGUUUUGAUAAGCACCUCAGUGCCAUUCAUGUGCACAACAGCAAGAUUUACACUGAGGUUUUUUAUUAAAACGAGGUGAACUCCAGCCUCGCUUCCACUUAAAAGGCCAGGAUACACGGUACACAACUGUAAAGUGGUCUAUUGAUAUAGUUACCGGUGAUGAUCGUUUUGCUUCAAAUAGAACGAGCGCUGUUAUAGUGACUUGAUGCUAGAGUGAUUAAGAGCCCCAGACUGUCAGCAAUGUCUUGUUUUUCCAAAAAAAUACUUGCAAACCUCCAAGUUUGAUUACCUCUCAUAACCUCUGAUGAAAGGGCAUUAUAUGAGAUGUAGUUAACUUUGGAACCUUUUUGCGAUAGCGAUUUCGCAUUUUCUCAGAUAUUGUUUGCGACGAGCUGCGUAAGUUAACCAUAGUUCCUAGAUUUGUUUUUAAAGUGACGUAGAAAAAAUGUAAACAGUGACGCCACAAAGAUUCGCCCAAUAGCUUGUAGCUCUCAUAUUCGAGGCCCUCUCACAAGCAACGACCAAAACGUAUCAUUUUGUUUGGGCGCUUAAGAGUUUCGCCUAUAGUUAGUUCCAGUGAAAUAGCCAGCAGACUGCAAGUAACAUGAAUGUUGACGGGGUUGCAAAAUAAAGGAGCCUCGGAUACAAGCUUGCUUUAAAGUAAAAGCGAAGGCUAAAAAAUAUCCUCAGAAUAUACUGAAAGUUUUAGUGAGCUACAGUGUUUACAUGGGAAUCAAAAUUUCCAAAAUUUAUUUUACAUAGAUAACGCUAACUUCGAAACUUUACAAAUGUACGAUUUAUGCUAAAUUUGUUAUUCAUUUGAGACAAAAACAUUCA